UGAGCGGGUAGCGUGCGCUGGGUCAAAUCUUUCGCUGUGGCCAGAGCCUCGGAAUCUGCUUUCGGAGCUGCUGCUCCUCGGUUAGAGAGCUGGGGGCCACGGUGGAGGGGCGAUGCGAGACUGCGGGCCGCUGCGAGACGGCGAGCCGCUGGGGCUAGCUGGCGUGGCGCUGCUCCUCAUGGCCGCCGGGGCGGCAGCAAGGCCGCGGCCCGCCGUCCCCGGGGACCAGCCCCGAUCUAACGUGGUGUUGGUGGCCUGCGACUCCUUGGAUGGACGCUUGACAUUUUUCCCCGGAAAUCAGACUGUGGAUUUACCUUCCAUAAAUUUUAUGAAAAGACGUGGCACUGUCUUUCUCAAUGCCUACACCAAUUCUCCAAUUUGUUGUCCUUCGCGUGCAGCUAUGUGGAGUGGUCUUUUCACUCAUAUAACAGAAUCUUGGAAUAACUUCAAAGGUCUAGAUCCAGAUUAUGUAACAUGGAUGGAUCUCAUGGAGAAGCAUGGCUACCAUACGCAGAAGUUUGGGAAAUUGGACUUUACUUCUGGACAUCAUUCAGUAAGUAACCGUGUGGAAGCUUGGACUAGGGAUGUUAACUUCCUGCUCCGACAAGAAGGAAGACCCAUGGUGAAACUUACAGGCCAUAGGAAGCAGUUUAGAGUAAUGGAAAAAGAUUGGCAGAAUACUGAUAAAGCAGUAAAUUGGAUAAAGGAAGAAGCUGUUAACUUUACUCAACCUUUUAUUCUUUACUUGGGACUAAAUUUACCACACCCAUAUCCAUCACCCUAUGCAGGAGAAAAUUUUGGAUCCUCUACAUUUUUAACAUCUCCCUAUUGGCUUGAAAAGGUAAAUUAUGAAGCUAUUAAAAUACCCAAGUGGUCUUCUCUUUCAGAGAUGCAUCCUGUAGACUAUUACUCAUCGUACACCAAGAAUUGCACAGGAGAGUUUACAAAGGAAGAAGUCAGAAAUAUUAGAGCAUUUUAUUAUGCUAUGUGUGCAGAGACAGAUGCCAUGCUGGGAGAGAUUAUUUCAGCUCUGCAAGAUACUGGGCUUCUUGGAAAAACAAUUGUUAUAUUCACUGCAGAUCAUGGAGAACUUGCUAUGGAACACCGUCAGUUUUAUAAAAUGAGCAUGUAUGAGGGAAGUUCCCACAUUCCUCUUUUAGUUAUGGGACCAGGUUUAAGAGAACAGCAACAAAUACCAAACGUAGUAUCUCUUGUGGAUAUCUAUCCUACUAUGCUUGAUAUAGCAAGAAUUCCUGUGCCACAGAACCUCAGUGGAUAUUCUCUUAUACCGCUGCUAUGUGAAAAGGCUGAGAGUGAGGUGUCACCCAGAGGACCUCGGCCCUCAUGGGUGCUGAGUGAGUUCCACGGGUGCAAUGUGAAUUCCUCUGUGUAUAUGCUGAGAACUGGCAAGUGGAAAUACAUCACCUACUCGGAUGGCUCUUCAGUACUGCCCCAGCUCUUUGACCUUACUGCUGAUCCAGAUGAGCUUACAAAUCUUGCCAUAAAAUUCCCAGUAACUGUACAUUCUUUGGACAAAAUACUUCGCUCUAUAGUAAACUAUCCAAAGGUUUCUUCUUCUGUUCAUGAGUACAACAAGCAACAGUUUAUCAGUUGGAAACAAAGUUUGGGUCAAAAUUACUCAAGUGUUAUUGCAAACCUUAGGUGGCAUCAAGACUGGUUAAAGGACCAAAAAAAGUAUGAGAAUGCAAUUGACAAGUGGCUUGGUAAGUAGAUAUGGACAACCUGGGGAUUUCAUAUGAAUGAGGAUAAAAACAUAGUGCAUUUGUAAUAUUAUGCUGUAUUUCAAAUGAUAUAAUUAUUUUAUUAUAUAACCUCUUGAAAGUAAAGAUAACUGAACCAUUACUGCUUUGUGUCAGAAAGCCAAGUGUGAUGGUGUUCACAGAGGUCCCAGGAUGAGGGAAGAGAUGAGAAUCUUGACUCCAUGUUUCAGAAGGCUGAUUUAUUAUUUUAUGAUAUAUAUUAUAUUAAAAGAAAAUUAUAUAUUAAAAUUAUACUAAAAGAAUAGAACAAAGGAUUUCAUCAGAAGGCUUGAAAGGAAGGAAAGGAAUGGAAUGAUAAUAAAAUCUUGUGACUGACCAAUGAGUCCAAGACAUCUGGACUGUGAUUGGCCAUCAAUGAAAAGCAGCCACGUCAGACCAAUCAAAGAUGAUGCAUCUGUUGCAUUCCACAGCAGCAGAUAAUUAUUGGUUUUCUUUUCCUUUGAGGCUUCUCAGCUUCUCAGGAGAAAAAAUCUUGGCAAAAGGAUUUUUCAUAAAAUAUGUCUGUGACAGCAAGGAGCACUUUAUAUAACUAGCCAGCACUAAAAUUUUAGCCAGCACUCUAAAACUAGAGUUUUAUUCUGUAGGUGUAAGUAAGUGUAUAUAGAAAGGGUGGUGUGCAAAUACUAAUUGUGUGUAAUAUUUAGUUAAUAUUUAGCUAAUUGCAAAAGUCCUGAGUAUUAAGCAUUCAAACUCAAUAAGAACUUCUAUUUAUAAGGAAAAGCAAGGAUUAUAAAACUUAGUGAAGUAAAGUACCAGUUAUAGUGGAAUUUCCUGUGUGUAUUGUAAGUCUAGAUUGAAUAGACUUCAUCAAAAAGUUGGCAACCAGUACAGGUCUGAACAUAGAUGAGGUUCAUGCAAGUGCUUAACUAUAUAUGUGACUGACUCCCUAUGUUUGCAAGGUCUGCCUGCUAAUUUCUUGCUCGUCUCUGCUCAUCAUCAUAAAUUAAAAAGAAAAACCCUUCUUGCCAAGACUAUGAACAGAACAGUUCUCUGAAAAAUGACAGUGUGAUUUGUAUAACAUAAAAUAAAAACUGUUUGAAUGCAGUUAGAUUCUGCAAGUAAAUGCUUUAAUGCACAUCAGCGAGUGGAGAAUUGAAACCUAAAAUGUACACAGUGGAGACACAAUUGAAACUUGCAGGAAGAGUUAACAGAAAAAUACUGUUUCCCAUUUUUCCAGUGACCUGACAAAAAGAAAGUAGUUUUGGAAGAAGGUAAGAUUUAGGUAGCAACUCUUCCACUUAUGGGAAUAUGUAAUUACAGCGGUGCUUAGGUUUGCUAAUUCUUGGUCACCAUCAUUGCUGCUAUAUACCAGUUCAGAAUGACAUGCUUCAUACAUAAUGUUUUCUGGAAGCUGUUAUUAAAUGCUCAGUAGUAGCAGUAAGCCAGUAAAAAUAAACGUAAAAAUGAGACAUAUUUUCUGAUGGCUCCACACUCAUUUUGUGAGCAACUUCCCACACAGAGUUAAAAAAUCUUGAAACCCUGUAGCACAUGCCAUUAUAAUUCUUACUAAAAUGAGUUCAGGUACAGCUGAAGUUACUUAAACAAAAUAAAUGGCCUGCAUAAUUAGAGGAAGUAUUUAUAUCCAUAUGAAAAUUUGUUCCAGAGAAAAAAGAAUAGCAAAAUUUUCUCACUUUACAGAGGUCUGGACAGAAUGCAGUACAUUGUCCAAAAUGGAGUAAAAUAAAAUUAUGGUGAACUGGA